AUGCCUCUCCGAGUAAGAACAGUGCAGACAGUGGUUUUCUGGCAGUGUCCUGUUGGAGUCGUCGGGAGACUUAGAGUGAAUCACUUACGCCAAGUGCGGCGCGCGAGGCCUGGCAUCAAGGAGGCCCGCGGGUUCGGCCGCAACGGCUCGGGAACCGCCGGCGUCCGCGUCCACAGCGCCGCCCGCCCGGCCAAAGCUGCCUCCGGCUCCAGCGCCCGCCCUCCCGCCGCAGCCCGGGAACCAGGUGAGCCGAGGGACCCGGGGAGCCGCCCGGGGCCCGGGGCCGGGGCUGCCGGUGGUGGCGGCGGCGGGGCCCGGGCUCCGGCGUUAGGUGCGGGGACCACUCCGCCCAGCCCCCGCGUUACACUCGGAAGUCCCUGGGCCACUGUCACCGCAGGAUGCUCAUGGCACAAGUUCCGAAGAUGCCUGCUUACAAUGUUUCCCUUCCUAGAGUGGAUGUGUUUCUAUCGAUUCAAAGAUUGGCUUCUUGGAGACUUACUUGCUGGAAUAAGUGUCGGCCUUGUGCAAAUUCCCCAAGCUUUCUGUGCUUCAGUAAUUUAUGGAAUUUUUGGAUCAUGUCAUCAAAUGUCCAUUGGUACAUUCUUCCUUGUGAGUGCUCUGACAAUCAAUGUCCUCAGGACACAGCCAUUCAACAGUGGCCACUUAUUACUGGGAACCUUCAUCCAGGAUGACUUUUCUAACAUGUCCUUCUUUGAGAACUAUAACAAAUCCUUGAGUUCUGUGGCAUCUGUAACUUUGCUGACUGGGAUUAUUCAGUCAGGAUGGUAUCAGUGGAGGCCUAGUGGGGAGCCAGAACUUCCAUCUCCUCCCAGUAAAAAUGAAGAGUCCCUACUGCCUCAGGUGUCAGUGGAUUUUAAGAGGAGAACCUGGACUUCUACCUUACCAGGCAGUAACAAGCUGUCUAUGGGCAUGUUAGGUUUUGGCUUCAUUGUCACUUACAUUCCGGAGGCUGCCAUCAAUGCUUACCUGGCUGCUACAGCCCUGCACGUUAUGCUGUCCCAGUUGACCUGCAUCUUCGGAGUUAUGAUCAGUUACAAUUCUGGUCCCAUCGCCUUCUUCUACAACAUAAUUAACUACUGUUUAGGUCUCCCUAAAGCUAAUUCCACCAGCAUCUUACUAUUUCUAACCGCUAUUGUUGCUCUGAGAAUCAACAAAUGUAUCAGAAUUUCCUUCAACCAGUACCCCAUUGAGUUUCCCAUGGAAGUUUUUCUGGGUCCCUCCCAGCCUGUUUCUCCUGCAGAGUGUAGGUGGCGUGUGGAGCAGCGGACCACCUCCGUGUUUGCAAGGAGCCUCUCUGCUUGA